AUGAAAGGUAUUUUAGGAAAGACUGGAUUAGUCCCACCUCAGGCAAAGACAGACCCAUCCGUGGGGUUGACUUUGCUCAAGGACCUGGUUAUACUUGCUCGAAAAGGUCAUGAAAAAGACACUGAGGAAGACGCUAAGCCUUCAGCCAAAGACGACCGAAAGAGGGCAAACGACGCCCUAGCAACAGCGGGCGCCUGCGCAGAAGACGGCCAUCAACGUGAAAUCAAGGAAACGAAAGAAGGAGGGAGUUAUCAGGAAAACGAAAACUCAGACUACCAUAAUUUCUCGUGGAUUUAUAACAUCACCCAGCCAGCUCUUAAUCCAGCGAAGGGUACACCUAUCCAAGCCGUGGGCUGCCAGUUUUUCCAGGAGAUUACCGCGAAGAACGGCGGCGAAGGCUUUGUGCAGCCCGUGCACACAGCCUCUCCAGGGGACUACUGCGGGGAACGGCGGCACAGGCUUCGCGCAGCCCCGGCACACAGCUCCGCCCGGCGCUGCUCCGGCAGCGCCGCUCGCCCGCCGGGGCCCCGCUGCUCCAGAGAACGGGAAGCGGAAGGGACAGCACCGGGGCGGAGCAGGCCGGGGAGGACCGGGGCCAUGGACUGGUCGCUGCUGUCUGCCGCCUGGUCCCUGCUGGGCGCUGCCUGGUCCCUGUUGGCCGCUGUCUGGUCCCUGCUGCUUGCCGUCUGGUCCCUGGUGGCCACAGCCUGGUCCCUGCUGGUCACCUCCUGGUCCCUGCUGACCGCGGCGUGGUCCGUGCUGACCAUCGCCUGGUCCCUCCUGGCCUCCGUCUUCCUGGGGGCGCUGAUGCUGCAGCAGGACCCUGGGACGCGGCGCGGUGGCUGCGACUCGGUUAUCACCAUCUUCUUGCGGGAUCUCGUCCGGUACGGGAAGACGAAGCGCGGGUCCGAGCAGCUCCCGGAGUGGCUGCAGGUGCCCAAGAGGUGGUUUACUCACUUUUAUGUGGUUUCUGUGCUCUGGAAUGGUUUCCUGCUGAUCUGUCUUUUCCGAGCUGAGUUCCUUGGAGAGUCACUCCCAUCAUGGAUUCAGAACAUGCAGCAUGCUCUUGGCAGAGAUUCUCAGAGCAAGGACACGGAUAGUGAGCACUUCUCUGCGCUCCUGGUUCUCUUGCUCCUUUGGCUUCAUAGCUGUCGAAGACUUGCAGAAUGCCUCUGGACCAGUGUGUUUUCUAAUGGUGUCAUUCAUAUCGUGCAGUAUUGCUUUGGACUUGGUUACUACAUUGCUGUUGGCUCAACUGUACUGUGUCAAGUACCUACUAAUGUCAGGAAUGGAAAAAAGCUUUCUGUGCAGAUCUGCUGGUAUCACAUUAUAGGAGUUAUGAUGUACAUUUGGGCCUCUCUUCACCAACAUAGAUGCCUUGCAAUUCUAGCUAAUCUUAGAAAAAGCAGAUCAGGAAAGGUUGUAAGUCUGAACUACAGUGUACCUUUUGGAGACUGGUUUGAGAGCGUUUCUUGUCCUCAUUAUUUUGCAGAGCUCCUCAUAUAUAUUUCUAUGGCCAUCACACUUGGAAUUCACAAUGUCACAUGGUGGUGUGUAGUUAUGUAUGUUCUUUUUAACCAGGCACUGGCUGCUGCUUUGUGUCAUGAGUUUUAUCGGAAAAACUUCAGCUCCUACCCAAAACAUCGAAAAGCAUUUAUACCACUUGUUUUUUAGAGAAUUUUUUCUAAAGUAUCUUCAUGCAAACUGGGAAUAUAAGAGAUUUAUGGUUUAUUAAAACCAAGGUAAAAUCACACAUUUUCUCUAAUUCUAACUCAAAAGCUCAUAAUUUUAAUGAUAAUCUCGUCCAUGUAGCCAAUUUGUGAGGAAAUGCCAGGUCUCUGCAUAUUAUGCAAGCUAAAAAAGAGAUGCUAAUUGUGUCUUUUCUCUUUUAUAAUUAUAUCUUAUGCCUAAAACACAUACAGCAAGUCCAAAUUCAUACAUGUGAAAACUAUUGAAAGGAAGGAAUCAUUUGAAUUACUGAAUUACAUGCCUUGACUAAUAUUUAAGCAUAUUUCUUUCCAAGUCUCUUUCCUUUGAGUCACUUCAGAGGAAGACAAAUUGUGUAUGUUUCUGUGCUUUCCUGGUCACAAUGAAAAUCAGCCACCGCUUUACAACUGUAAGCACAAAAAGUGAUGGAGAAAGCUGCGGUGGAGGAGUGACUCAUGCUCAGCAGUGGUGAUAAACAGAGCCAUUCGCUGCAUCGUCUCUUCUGCACCAAAGUGGUUUUGUUCAUUGAUGAAGACUGCUUUAUCCAUAAACUGGGAAGACAGUGGAAGGUUCUCUGACUAAAAAGACAGUAGAAGAGAAUUUGCAGAAAAUUAAUGUUCUUUGUUGUGGUUCUGUUGUCUUUAUAGUGGAUUCUUGGAGUCACUCGUGUGUUAGAGGGGACAGCUGUGCAGGAUGACCAUGACCACAACUACACUGUUUUUUAACAGAUAAAAUGACAUGACAAGGCAGAGCACACACAGAAAACAGUACCUGAACAGGUAUUGCAAAGAAAUUCUUUACAUGGGAAAAGAUGAUGUCGUUCAGCUCAGAGACUUUUUUUGCACUUAACUAUUGAAUAUUUUGGGUCUUCUCACAAUACUGGUGUAAAUGAUCAGUUUGUGUGAUACCGAUGAUUGAGAGAGAGACAGAGACUACUGAUUUGUGAUCAGAAUCCAAAUUUUACUGUGAGGUACAUAUGUUUAUAUACGUUUUCAGGAAGGCUAGUAUUUUUUUACUACAUUCAUUGGGUUAAACAUCACACAGACAAACUUUACAUUUCUCCUUAGUUAAAUCUUCUUUCCUGUCAGCCAGUCUUGAUCCAAUCUUCUUGUAAUCUUCAAAGCUCUGUUGGCUCUUGCCAAGGCAUCUUGGUUAUCAAACUGUAUAUGCUAAUUAAAUCUACAGUGCUCUCAGUCUCAGUUACCACAGUGUGAUGAAGUGCUAGUGUUUCAGCACGUUGUCCAUUUACAUGCAUACAUUAUUUUGUAUAUAAGAAGUACUUUUUUUACACUGUGUAAUUCAUAAGUAUAUCUUAUUAAUUGCCUAAUUAAAAGCUUGUUACACUCUG